GGCAGCUCCCAUCGCCUUAAAAGUCGUGCUCGUCGUGUGUUUUUGGAGUGUGUUCUAGAACAUUUUAGGUCUUUAUUUGUCGCGAUUGCUUGAGUGAUGAACCGGAGGCCUUCGUUAUCUAGGUAAUUAGCGAUAAGGACCAGUUAAGCGUGUUAUAGAAAGUUCUAGAAAAUUUUUAUUUCGCGCGAUUGUUCGGGUGACUGGCCAGAAGCCUUCCUCAUCAAGGUGGUUAGUGAUUAGAGCCAGUUAACCGCUACAUAGAAAGAUAAUGGAGUCCUCGACGGAGCUGUUCGUCUCGGCCCCGGACUUUUGCAAGCGCUGCGGCACCGUGCUACCGCUGCCGGGACACGAGGACUUCGUCGAGUGCAAGAUGUGCGCCGCCAGGAUCGACGUGCGCAACUUCCACGGCCUGGAGACCUUCUCGCGCGUGGUGUUCAACGACCGCAAGGCGGCCCUCAAGAAGGCGGCUCCCGCGUCGACGGCCAAGCCCGCCGGACCGCUGGUGGACCGCAAGUGUUCGCGAUGCGGCCACGAAGGGAUGACGUACGCCACACUGCAAACGAGAUCGGCCGACGAAGGGCAGACCAUAUUCUACUCGUGCCCCGAGUGCCUCUUCCAGGAGACCGAGAACUCGUAGGAGAGUGUUUGGUCGCCCGCUAGCCAACUCCAUUUGUGUUUGUGAUCAUCCAUUCCCGGAUAAUCACUUUCGAGAGUACCGGCACAGUACGCAUGCGCACAAGGGUCGGGCAAACCGAGGAAAUGGUGAGCGAAACCGAAAGUGAUCGCACGCAGGCACCACCUCUGUACCAUGCACCAGUUCAUCGGGCAGCGCGUGCACUGCAUCUUCCACAAUUGCUGGAAUUGCCGUUGUGAACACAUUUGUGCAUCCAAAGCGUGCCUGAUUCUGUCGAACCACUUUAGGAAGUGCUGGUGAAUUGGAAUGGAGCGGACUUCGCCGAGACUGAAGAGUUUGCAGGAUACAAACGGAGAUGUGGUCCUGGAACUUGCAUUCAUUUCAACAGUUUAAACUAGAAAAAAAAAAAAAAAAAGACGCAAGAGAAGACAUGUAGACUGAAAGAGCCUAUGUCCAGUCUAUACGUCUUCUCUUGUAUGUUAUCUUUUUAAUUUGCGUUGUUGUAAUGAAUGCGAGUUCCAGCAAGCAACUAGCCUGCCUUACUGCUGUUCUACUGGACCACGUUUGGGCUGUGCGAAGCCCCAGGGAUCAUUAACGCUUGCACUUUUAAGAAGAAUGCUUGCAAUAACAGUUGGUAGACAGUGAGCAUCACUCGACUUUUGAUCUUGUUCAACAGUUCCAAGAGAUCAAUUCAUCUGUUACGUGUUUUGUGUUAGUAAAGCCACAUCAAGUGCAGCGUGAAAGAACCAGUGCUGGUGCUCAUGAUCUUGCGAUUCAAAUUGGCCAAGUGUGAAGCCUGAAGAGAGGAGGCAGUGAUUUACACUCCAGAGCUUAGGUUUCCAACAGUCUGCAUGUUGGGAUGCUUCUUCGCAGACAUUUCUAGCUACGGUGUUCCCAAUGCAUUUAGACAUCGCCGUGUGUGUACUGUCGGUAACAAGAGUUUGCGGGAUGUGCAGCGCGUGGCCGAGCGACGGAAAACUGCAUUCCUGCGUCACCUACCGUGAUGCAGCUGGUGUUGAGGCUAUCGGCCACAGCCUCCGCGAUUAGAUCCGGCAACGGCACAUUGUCUAAACGCGCCGUCGCUAAUCGCCGAGGCCGAUAGCCUCAACACCCGCCGCAUCACGGUAGGUGACGCAGCAAUGCCGUUUUCCGUUGCUCGGCCACGCGCUGCACAUCUCGCAAACUUUUGCGGCCGACAGUACAUUACCAAACAACUUGUCAUAUGCAGAUGCAGACUGACCCUUGCAAUAUUAAAAUGUUUUCCUCAAUUUCAAAACUUGCAGGCAUACUCGACAAGCUGGUGUUUGUGGGAGCAGUUAAGCAGUUCCCACUGAUAGCUCUCUUUUCUCGGGAAGAAUACAUUGCUGCUUGGCAAUAAUGUUAUAGUAGCAAGACUGCCAUAAGUGAAAGCAAAAAAAACAGCACUAACAUGAUCUUCUCUAAUCAACCGAGUAAAUCAAAAUCAACCCAAAAUGAUAAUGAAAUCACAGUACAUAAAAUAGGUGAGCAUGACUAAGCAAGAACGCGGGACACAUGCGUGCGUGGAAGAGUGUGCAAUACUGCAGCAGUCAAUUCAAAGUUGUCAUAUCAUAGUCGUUGAAGCACUGGCAGUGGUGAGUGUUAAGAUACAGAAAGCCUCCGUUAUGCAUCUCUUUGAAAGUUCCCAGAAAUCACUAACUUGCGUUACUUCAUGCAUCUGCUCAGAUUGCCCGGUAUUUUAUCGUCACUCACCUGCGUCUCUGUGGAUUGGUGGUUUUGCACUGUCAUCCCAUGGGAAAAUAGAUCACAACCAAACCUGUGAGGCCGUGAUCGGCUGCAGAACGACAAAGUCGGUACUUAACCCUUUGAGGGUUGACUUUUUUCGCAAAAUGUGUCCCAAAAAUGUGUAUUUUUUUAAUUGCUGAAUUAAGUUCUUCAGAUGAAUCUGUUUAAGAAAAAAAAAUGGUCUAAAAUUUUUUGGGUGACCGUAAACUGACAAAAAAA